AUGACUAGUCGCAAUACAGUUGUUCGGUUUGCUAAUGACAGAACUCAUUUUACAGCAACUCCUGAUUCAGCGUCUAAUCUGUCUGUCUUGCAUGAACCAAUUCCUCGUUCGAUUCCUCCCAAACCUCAACCUCAUCCUCGCUCCUUUGCAUUCAAUCCAAAUCCAAACCAUCCAUCGCUUGGUGCAACCUAUCCGGUACACUCUCAACAACACAGUAUAAAUCAGUCAGUUCUACAUUCUUCCACCAAUGACAAGUCUACAGCAUCUCGCUUACCACAGCCGUCACAAAGAGUCUUUGGGUCAAAAUCUGUCAGGUCUGUUCAUGAUGGCGAUUUGUUGCAUCGACCCAGAAACUCGAUUGAAAGUCGAGCUGUAGAGAUUUGUCUUUCAAAAGUACCAAUUGUGCAGCACGUUGCCGGACGUACUCGAGUAGCUCGAAGCAUGCAAGAUAACAAUGUUCGAUCGGGAAAUAAGGAGCUGGAUCUAAUUCAACCUGCUCAUUUCAGCAAGUCCUCUUUUACUGAAGUUGAACAGCAUCAAGUGCCGAUUUUGGAAAAAGAAUGCAAUGUUGCUAGUACUUACAAACCUGUUAGUCGGUACUUUCCAUCUGCAAAAUUGGAAAAGGAAGCUGUUUAUGAAUACAAUCCGCCUGCUGCUGCCAAAUACUAUCUUUGGGACAGCACUAGAAUUGGUCUUGAAUAUACAAUGCAUUCCAAUUCACUAAGCCCAGAAUACAUUCAAUUUGAAGAAUCAGCAUUACAUGCAUUCAAAAUUCACAGUACAAAAAUUGGACUUCUUGCAGGCAAUAGGAAACAGAGUGCUUGUGAGCAAUCAUCUGUUGGUUUGGAAUCUCCAACUGGAUUUAUGCUUGGCCGAAAGAUCUGGAUUGAUUCGGACACGGAGUCCAACUCUUCCACACAGUAUAGCAUUGUGGUGGAUCGGUUUGAUGCAGGUCGGCAGGUCUUAUCUCAAACUGGACCUAUUGGAACCAUAUCUCCCUCAGUUGUUUCAGAAGCAGAUAUUAUCAUCCCAGUGUACUUACGAGAGCAGAGUGAUGGAAAACCAAUACAAGCAGGCAGUGAUCGUGUAUUGCAGUUAUUAAAGACUCUCAAGGAUAAACAUAGUAGCACGACUUUAAAUCAGCACCACAGCUUUCCACUGAUUGCUGAAUCAUUUUUUGACAUGUCAUCCAAGCAAAUCGAUGCUGCACAGAUUCAUCCACUUCGCAUUGUGUCGACAUCCCUAUCACAUGAACUAUUUACUCUUGAAUGCUUAGAAAGCCCAACCUAUGGAUUCAUGUCUUUGGAUCAAGCACGUCACUUGUAUCUACUGGAGGAGUGCGAUUCAAAGUCAAAAGUGCUUCCGCUGAUUGGACUUUGGUUUAAAUCGGUGAAUACAUCUCUUGUAGAUCCAUACGUUCAUGCAGCAUGCAUUCAAUAUGUUUUGGAUAGUAGUCGAGUAAAGCUGGAUACUGGAAAAUCUACUUUUUUAGUGUGUAUAUUUCAGAGAAACGCCAAUAGUGGAAACACUCGCGUGAUGGAAGAUCAGAAAUCGUCUGCAUUUCGAUUAACUAGCUCUACUCAAGUAUUCAAGCCGGUUGUAUUUGAGUGCACAUUCAAUGUGGACAAAUCUAUGGUAAAGUUUUAUCAGACGCAUGGAUUAGAAAUCAAAUCUGCGCAGCCAUGUUCAUUUUCAACAGUUGAUCUAAUGAAUGAUGAAAACACUGAUUUUUGUCAAGCGUUGGAGUCGUUUUAUCAGAUUUCUUUACGUCCAGCUAAAACUCCUUCCAUAACUGCAGCUAUGGACCACAUUGAAGAUGAAAUUUCUGAAAAACCAUUCGUUUAUGGUAUGGAUGCCUCAGAACCCGAUGUCAGCAGCACCCAGGAAACAAAAGUACAACAAGCACAUGUGGAGGAUACUGCCAAUAUAGCGAGUUCUAUAGAUAAUGCACAAAAUAAUAUACCCACUACUUUAACGGAGCGUGUUUGCAGCUCUGCUGAAACAGCACCAACACAUGUAGCAGUUGAUUUUGGUACCUCUAGCUGUCCGCCAGAAUUACCGCCUCUUCCAUUGCCAUAUAAAUAUCCUAUGUUUCCAGAUGGUAUCAAUCAAAUGUGGUAUUUAUCAAUGCUUCAACAACAAGUGGAGAUAAUUCAGAGUCAGAUUGUAGCCUUUUCUAGACAGCCCUAUCAUAUUUCUGGACUUCAUUCUACAGCACCCGUUGGAUCUACUUUGUCUUGUAAUGUUUCACAGCCAUCCAAUGCUAUAGAUUCAAACUUGUGUAGUGCUGCUACACCUAGCACAUGUAUUGGAAAUCACGCACCUCAAGAACCACAGACCACGAGUGAAUCGCAUAAACAGAGAUCCAUUGUGCAACCUACUGAUUCAAGUUGUUUGGUUCAAACCACAUUCUUUGCAAAAACAUCCAUGUGCGAUGCAGCAACAAACACAUCAUUUUAUAUUCCUCAAAACCCUCCACAGCAGAACCACAUGUCUAUAAACACUGGCAUAAAUUUGGUCGAGUCGGAAUCCAAUGCUUCUCUUGAUGCAGACUUGAACACAAAGGCAGUAGCACAUACAGCAGAAUCUGAUAUAGACUACACCAACAAAUCGCUGCAUGAAUUAGAUUUCCAACGGUUACAGAUUAAUGAAACGGAGAAAACGUGGCCACCUUUCGACAAUCGAGAAAACCACGCAUCAUUUUUUCAGUGCAAUGAAUUAGCAUCUGGACCAGCCGAGCAAAAGUCUAUUUUGGCCAAUUAUUCGACGAUGAUUUCUACUUUUAGUGGGAUAUCUCAAGGUGGAGAAUCUUUUCAGCUAUAUCCGCAACCAGCAGCAGCCGGAAUUAUUGAGCACGAGUUGGAAAACCAAAAGCCAAUGCACAAGGACACUGGCUCACUUGGCGUGACUAACCCAAAGGAUAUUAUUGCAGGGUUAGUGAGUGACCCUGAGCAGAGUUUUGUUUACAAGGACGGUUGUGACAUCUCGGCAAUAUCUGCUGUGGACGAGUAUGCAAGCGUAUCAUUUUCUAUAGACUUUCCCAGUUACAGCCACAACAAAGCUGAAACAUCCGUCGGAAUCCCGAGUCAAGUGCCGAAAGAAGCAUAUUCUCGGGCAACUCUCGACUACCUACACAAAUAUGGACUGAUGGACCAUGAUGAUCGGUCGUUUUCAUGA